CUAAAACAAAACUGAUUUAUCAGUCAUACAUACAAUAAGAGCCAAAAUAUGACAUCGGUUUUAGCGGAAAUGACACAUUCGGGAGGGAAAUACAUAUAAAAAGAUAUGUUGUAUAACAAUAUAUUGAAUAAUAUAAUCAGUAUAUUAAUAUACCGUAUAAUAUCAGUAUAUAAGUGGUGAAACGAAUAAUGGGUAAUAAACUGGGACUGAAAUCUAAUUCAAAAAACUCGGAUAACAUAGUGAUCGCAAUGUAUGCCUAUCGGGCCGAACAUACCGAUGACCUGACGUUCAGGAAAGGGGAGAAACUGGAGGUUUUAGAGCGAAGCGAUCCCGACUGGUGGACAGUUAGGCGAAUUAAGACAGGUGAAAUUGGUUAUAUACCUGCUAAUUAUGUGGCGAGCAUUAAUAUUGAGUCCGAAGACUGGUAUUAUGGAUGCAUCGGGAAGCGGGAGGCAGAAAACAUAUUACAAUAUAGCGAUUAUCCGGCUGGAACUUUCUUAAUCAGAUUGAGCAAGUACAAUACUCCCAAUACCUUAAGUAUGCCACAGUAUGAAAUCCUGGAUCAGGUAUCUCAGCACAAGUACCGGUCACCCAAACCCAUAGGCGUGGAGUGUCCCGACUCUUACUACGAUAUGAUGCUUAAGUGUUGGGAUGAAGUGCCCGAAAAUAGGCCUACCUUUGAGUACUUAUACCACUUCUUCGAGGACUACUUCGUGGUUACUGAGACACAGUUGAAAUCACUUUAACAGUAAAGCUACUGAUAGUACCGAAAAUGACAUGGAUGGCCAAUAAAUAAUCUUGAUCACAUAUUUAUAUUUGUUUCACACUUAUUAUUAAAGCUUUACUUUCUAGUUAGUUAAAAUGAACCUGAUAGUGUCUAUCAUAGUUAAGAAAAAG